ACGAAAACCAGAAAACCUCCACAUUAGACGGCAAGACCUGAAACUCUACAGGACACUUGACUGGCUGGCUGCCCUGCAAUAUUCUAAUGAAAGCAGGACAGAAGGAGAUGGAGCCGUCGAAUGGGCUGAACCGGCCGCUGGAGAUCGUCCCGCACGCCGAGGUGAAGAUGAAGGACAGAGGACAGUGGAGCAACAAGCUGGAGUUUGUGCUGUCUGUGGCUGGAGAAAUCAUCGGCUUGGGAAACGUCUGGAGAUUUCCGUAUCUCUGCUACAAGAACGGUGGAGGUGCUUUCUUCAUCCCCUACCUGAUCUUUCUGUUCACCUGCGGCAUUCCUGUGUUUUUCCUGGAGAUUUCUCUGGGUCAGUACACCAGUGAAGGAGGAAUCACAUGCUGGAGGAAGAUCAGCCCGCUGUUUGAAGGAAUCGGAUACGCCACACAGGUGAUCGUGGCUCUGCUGAACUUCUAUUACAUCAUCGUUCUGGCCUGGGGAAUAUUUUACCUGUCCAACUCCUUUACCUGGAAUUUGCCGUGGUCUUCCUGCAACAACACCUGGAACACAGAUUCCUGCAUGGAAUUCCAAAGACGGAAUGAUUCUGUUGAUCAAAGUUAUCUUGACAACGCCACAUCACCUGUGAUUGAGUUCUGGGAACGGAGGGUUCUGCGCAUCUCGUCUGGGAUUGAGGACAUCGGAACGCUGCACUGGGAUCUGGUUCUCUGUCUGCUGUUAGCUUGGGUUCUCUGUUAUUUCUGCAUCUGGAAAGGAGUCAAAUCCACUGGAAAGGUGGUUUAUUUCACUGCCACGUUUCCAUACGUGAUGCUGCUGAUUUUACUGAUCCGAGGCGUCACGCUGCCUGGAGCUUCACGAGGAAUCCAGUUCUACCUUUAUCCUGAUCUGGGACGCUUAGCAGACCCACAGGUGUGGAUGGACGCAGGUACGCAGAUCUUCUUCUCAUACGCCAUCUGUCUGGGUUGCCUCACAGCGCUCGGAAGCUACAACAAAUACAACAACAACUGCUACAGGGACUCUCUGGCUCUGUGUUUCCUGAACAGCGGGACCAGUUUUGUGGCCGGUUUCGCCAUUUUCUCCAUCCUGGGCUUCAUGUCUUAUGAACAGAACGUCCCUAUUUCUGAAGUGGCCGAGUCGGGUCCUGGUCUGGCGUUUAUCGCAUACCCGCGAGCCGUGUCCAUGAUGCCCAUCUCUCCACUGUGGGCCUGUUUCUUCUUCAUCAUGAUUGUCCUGCUGGGUUUGGACAGUCAGUUUGUGUGUGUGGAGAGUCUAGUGACGGCGAUGGUGGACAUGUAUCCAUCUUUCUUCCGACGUAAGAACCGACGGGAGCUGCUGAUCCUGGUUGUGGCCAUCGUGUCCUUCCUCGUGGGCCUUAUCAUGCUGACUGAGGGAGGAAUGUACGUCUUCCAGCUGUUUGACUAUUACGCUGCCAGUGGCAUGUGUCUACUGUUUGUGGCCAUCUUCGAGACCGUCUGCAUUGCCUGGAUUUAUGGUGCGAAUCAUUUCUAUGAUAAUAUUGAGGACAUGAUUGGCUAUCGUCCUGGCCCAUACAUUAAGUAUUGCUGGCUCUUCUUCACUCCUGCCACAUGUUUUGGCACUUUUGCAUUCUCUCUGAUCAAGUACACUCCGCUGAAGUAUAAUAAUGAGUAUGUGUACCCGUGGUGGGGUUACGCGCUGGGCUGGAUGCUGGCGCUGUCCUCUAUGAUCUGUGUGCCGCUCUGGGUCGUUUAUAGACUGAGCACCACUAAAGGGUCAUUGAUGGAGCGUGUGCAGUUUCUCAUCCGGCCGUCUCCAGAUCUGCCCAAAAGCCGGCGUGAGCAGGAGAAGCUGCAGGCGGUGUUUUCAGCAGACGGAGACUCUCUGCAUCAGCACAGCACACACACACACUCACACACACACAACAGAGACGGAUAUUUCCCCGUUAGAGAGAAAGAGUCACACUGUUAGCAAACGCUGAGCGCAGUCUAAACCUUCCCAUCAUACCUCACAGCGCAGGACAGGCAGCCAAAUACACACACACACAUAAACAAACACACACUCAUGAGUUUACUCAUGAGUAAACACUCAUGCAAACACACACACACACACACACACAUACGUACAAACACACAUGCAAACACACACAUACACGCAAACUCACAUAUAAACAAACAUAUGCAAGCACACUCACAUACAGACACACGCACAAACACACACACAUACACACACACACAUGCAAUCACACACAUACCCAUACGCAUACACAUAGACAUACACAAACUCACACACAAACACACACACACUCCCAGAGACACAUACAAAUAAACACACACACAUGCAAACACACACACACAUAUACGCAUACACAUAUACAUACACAAACUCACACACAAACACACACACACUCCCAGAGACGCAUACAAAUAAACACACACACAUGCAAACACACAUAUACGCAUACACAUAUACAUACACAAACUCACAUGCAAACACACACACUCACACACACACAUGCAAUCACACACACACACACACAUACACAUACACAAACUCACACACAAACACUUACACACACUCCCAGACACACUAACAGACAUAUGCAAGUAAACACAUACACAUGCAAACACACACACAUAUACAGACACACACACAUACACGCUCCCAGACACACAAACAGACACAUGCAAAUAAACACACACACAUGCAAACACAUACACACACACACACACACAUACGCAUACGCAUAUACAGACACACACACACACACACGUAUGCAUUCCCAUAUACAUACGCAAACUCACACACAAACAGACACAUGCAAACACACACACACAAACACACACACAUAUACAGACACACACACUCCCAGACACACAAACAGACACAUGCAAAUAAACACGCACACAUGCAAACACACACACACACACACACUCCCAGACACACAAACAAUGACAUGCAAGCACACAGACACACACACACACAUACAGACACACACAAAACUACACAUGCAAACACAGACACGAACACAAGCAAAUACACACACAUGCAAACACAGACACACACAACCACACAUGCAAACAAACACACACAUGCAUAUGCACACACACACACACACACACACAUACACAAACACACACACGCACACACCAGAGAGACAUGACCGAGGCCCGUGCACAAAUAUACAGUGAGUGUCGAUAUUACAGACGGCAGAAUAUUCAUCCUCUGUGUUCGGUUGUCUUAUUAUUUUGACAUUAAUUCUUGAUUAAUUCUUUAAGACGCAAAAACACAAACAACACUGAAUUAUUCCUAAAUAUUGAAACUAUUCAGAUGACGAGGGGUUACUUAAAAUCUACUCAUUAGUUUAUGACUAGUUUUUUUGCUAAAGAAAUUGAGUGUAAUCUGUUGACUAAAGGGUUAAUAUAUAGGUUAAACAGUACAAAUAUAUAUGUAAAAAAAAGGGCGGCACGGUGGUAUCCUCCGGGUGCUCCGGUUUCCCCCACAGUCCGAACACAUGCGCUAUAAGGGAAUUGAUGAGUUAAAUUGGCUGUGGUGUAUGAGUGUGUGUGUGAAUGAGUGUGUAUGGGUGUUUCAUAGUGAUGGGUUGCAGCUGGAAGGGCAUCCACUGUGUAAAACAUAUGCUGGAUAAGUUGUCGGUUCAUUCCGCUGUGGCGACCCCGGAUUAAUAAAGUAACUAAGCUGAAAAGAAAAUGAAUGAAUGAAUGAAUGUGUGUGUGUUAAUGAUGUGCUUGCGAUAUGCUGAAGGUGUCCUUGAACGCUUUGAAAGGCGCCUAUAAAUAAAAGGUAUUGUUAUUGUUAUUAUUAUUAUAAAAAGUAACGUAAUGCAUUACUUACCAUAAAAAGUAACUAAGUAACGCAACUAGUUACUUAUUUGGGGGUAACUCAAUAUUGUAUUGCAUUACUUUCAGAAGUAACUUUCCCCAACUCUGGUUUUAAUAUUACAUUUUUAAAAUGUUUGAUUAUUAAAUUUGUAUUAAAGCAUCAAAAACGGAACAAAAAUCAAACGUUUGUAGGAAAAAAGACGUUUUUUAUUUUUCACACUGAAUAAAAACAUACACUUUAUUUACACUCAUUUUUCAUUUUUGUUUGUUUGUUUUGAUGGUUUAAUUAAAUGUGUGUGUGUGCCCGUGUGUGUGUGUACACUGUAAUAUUCUGCUCUCUUUAAUAUUGACACAAACAUUAAACUUUUAUGAUCAAAUGACCAUUUAAAUGCACAGAUCAUAUCCAAACAAGAAGAUUCGCCCAGAGCCUUCUGCAUCUGAAAGCGAAAUCACACUGAAAAUCUCACUCAAAAAUCAAAACUCAUCAUUUUAUUCACUCUCACCUCAUUUCAAUCCCACAUUUCUUUAGUUUUUUUCAUCAGAACACAAGCGCAAGUGAAAUCAGUGUACUUUACUUUGUGUUUCAGGUGAAAAAGAAUCAAUCAGGCAGGUCAGAAGUCCACUAAAUAUUUCACAUUUUUGUUAUUUUCUGUGAAUGAUUUCCUCCAUUUCACCCUUUGUCCAGCAGGGGGCAGAGCGGGAAACACAAACCCAAACUGGAGUGUCUUUAUGACGGUUUCAGCUCAAACCAUCAAUGCAUCUGCUUUCUGAGGAAGCAAACUAGUGUUUUUUUGUAGAGUCCGUGUGGAUGUGUGUCAUAAACACAGCAGAUCCUGUGUCGAUGUCUAUGAAGGGUUUAGACGGGACUGAUGUGAAGCGGUUUGGAUCACUUUUGUGCACUUGAGAAUGUUUUAGGGUAGAAAUCGUAUUUUUUGUGUUUUUGUAAUGGGACUUUAGUAAAGAUAAGCGUACCUUAGUAUGGAAGCACAGUUCACCGUGGGUUAAAACAUAAAGGAGCUCAUUUAGACCUGUCGUACAAUUCUGACUUUAUUUCUCACUACUCUAAAUUUGUUUUAGACGAUUCUGAGUUUUUUUGAAUAAAUAGUGACUCAGUAAUUCAGUAAUUCAGUAAUUCUUACUUUAUUUCUCGCAAUUCUGACUAUUUUGGUAACUCUGAGUAUUUCAGUAAUUCUGACUUUAUUUCUCGCAAUUCUGACUAUUUUGGUAACUCUGAGUAUUUCAGUAAUUCUGACUUUAUUUCUCGCAAUUCUGACUAUUUUCGUAACUCUGAGUAUUUCCGUAAUUCUGACUUUAUUUCUUGCAAUUCUGACUAUUUUCGUAACUUUGAGUAUUUCCUGCAAUUCUGACUUUAUUUCUCGCAAUUCUGACUAUUUUCGUAACUCUGAGUAUUUCCCCAAUACUGAUUUUAUUUCUCGCAAUUCUGACUAUUUUCGUAACUCUGAGUAUUUCCCCAAUACUGAUUUUAUUUCUCGCAAUUCGGACUAUUUUCGUAACUCUGAGUGUUUCCCCAAUACUGAUUUUAUUUCUCGCAACCUUUAAUUUUUUCGUAACUCUGAGUAUUUCCGUAAUUCUGACUUUAUUUCUCGCAAUUCGGACUAUAUACGUAACUCUGAGUAUUUCAGUAAUUCUGACUUUAUUUCUCGCAGUUCUGACUAUUUUUGUAACUGAGUAUUUCAGUAAUUCUGACUUUAUUUCUCGCAAUUCUGACUAUUUCCGUAACUGAGUAUUUCCCCAAUACUGAUUUUAUUUCUCGUAAUUUUUACUUUUUCCGUAACUGAGUAUUUCCCCAAUACUGAUUUUAUUUCUCGUAAUUUUUACUUUUUUCGUAACUGAGUAUUUCCCCAAUACUGAUUUUAUUUCUCGUUAUUUUUACUUUUUUCGUAACUGAGUAUUUCCCCAAUACUGAUUUUAUUUCUCGUAAUUUUUACUUUUUUCGUAACUCUGAGUAUUUCCGUAAUUCUGACUUUAUUUCUCGCAAUUCUGACUAUUUUCGUAACUCUGAGUAUUUUCGCAAUACUGAAUUUAUCUCUCGCAAUUUUUACUUUUUUUGUAACUGAGUAUUUACAUAAUUCUGAUUUUUUUCGUAACUCUGAGUAUUUCCGCAAUUCUGACUUUAUUUCUCGCAAUUUAACUUUUUUCGUAACUCUAAGUAUUUCCGUAAUUCUGACUUUAUUUCCUGCAAUUCUGACUAUUUUUGUAACUCUGAGUAUUUCCGCAAUUCUGAAAUAUUUCUUGUAAUUCUAUUUUCGUAACUCUGAGUAGUUCCACAAUUCUGACUUUCUCGCAAUUCUGACUAUUUUCGUAACUCUGAGUAUUUCCGUAAUUCUGACUUUAUUUCUCGCAAUUCUGACUAUUUCCAUAAUUCUGAGUAUUUCUGCAAUUGUUACUAUUUCCACAAUUCUAACUUGAUUUCUUGAAUUCCGACUUUAUUUCUCACAAUUCUAUUUUCGUAAUUCUGACUAUUUCUCACAAUUCUGACUUUAUUUCUCGAUAUUCUGACUUUCUCUUGCGAUUAUGACUAUUUUUGUAAUUCUAUUUUCACAAUUUUGACUUUAUUUUUUUCAAUUCUAACUAUUUUCCCAUUUCUAACUAUUUCCGCAAUUCUGACUAUUUCCAUAAUUCUAACUAUUUCCAUAAUUCUAACUAUUUCUAAUAGUUAUAUAGUUAUAUAUAUCUAUAUAUUUCAGAAAUGCGAGAAAACAAGGCAAACUUUUGCAAUCAUGUUUUUAUCCCAUGGCUGAAACGAGCUUCCAUACGUUUGUCUAGAAUCUACUGUUUAACAAAUGUGAUAUAAAUGUGUGAAAUUUUAACGUCUGCACAAAUCAAUCAGAUUACAUAUCAAGGACCAAUCAGAAGCCUUUUUUCCUCCUUGUUUUGACCGGUACAUGUUGUCAUACUGCGUAUAUAUGAAGUGUUGGACAUGUCGCAUGUAUAUAACCUGUACAGAACAGUGCGAGAGUUUGUAAAUGUGUUAGAUUUGAGCCAGAUAUACUGCAUUACUCAUGUACAAUUCAUCAAUUAAACAGAAAAUACUCUGCACAA